AUGCUGUACAAAUAUCUUCUUCUGCCGCUUUUGGCAUCAUAUGGCGCAGCUGUCACUAUUUCGGUAGCAAAAUCUGGAGGCAAUGCGACAUCGGGUCUGCAAUAUGGUGCAAUGGAAGAGGAAAUUAAUCACUGCGGCGAGGGAGGUCUCUAUGCUGAAUUGAUUCGCAACAGAGCGUUCCAGGGGAGUCCAAAGUUCCCUUCAUCACUGGAGGCCUGGUCUGGUGUUGGGGAUUCAUUGUUGUCUCUAAAGAACCUCACUGACCCACUGUCAACUGCCCUUCCGACUUCAGUCAAUGUCAAGGGUUCCGGCACAGCUGGAUUGAGUAAUGCAGGUUUCUGGGGAAUUGAUGUCCGCCGUCAGAAGUAUACCGGUUCAUUCUAUGUCAAGGGCUCAUACAAAGGCUCCUUCACGGCCUCUCUCCUUUCCUCUAGUGGCAAAAUUUUGGCCACUACCAAGAUUACCUCGAAGACUGUCGCAAACCGCUGGGUGCAACAUAGGUUUGUUCUUACGCCCAAAGAAAAGUCCGCCGAUACAAAGAACACCUUCUCACUGACUUUCGAUGGCUCGAAAGCAUCGAGUGGCUCGCUUGAUUUCAAUCUGAUCAGCCUAUUCCCACCUACAUGGAAUGAUCGUCCUAACGGCAUGCGCAAAGACUUAAUGCAAGCAAUGGCUGAUAUGGGCCCUACAUUCCUUCGCUUCCCUGGUGGAAAUAACCUCGAGGGCGAUAGCAUUGACGGCCGCUGGAAGUGGAACGAGACCAUUGGACCACUCACAGACCGACCUGGUCGUGCAACCACCUGGCAAUACGGAGAAACCCUUGGAUUGGGUUUGGUUGAGUACAUGGAGUGGUGCGAUGAUCUUAAUAUGGAGCCCAUCCUGGGGGUUUAUGCUGGACUCGCUUUGAACGGUGAUGUAGUUCCGGAGGAUGAGCUCGAUUUCUAUGUGCAAGAUGCCCUCAACGAGAUUGAGUUCCUGACCGGAUCGGUCGACACCGAGUUCGGUGCUCUUCGCGCCAAGGUUGGACACCCAAAGCCGUGGAAGAUUCGGUAUGUCGAAGUUGGAAACGAGGACAUGCUGAGCAAUGGGCUGGAUACAUACAAGGCCUACCGGUUCGCGGCAUUCAACGACGCUAUCACGGCCAAGUACCCGGAUAUCCAGGUCCUUGCGUCUACUAUCGAUUUGGAAAUUCCUGGAACUGCAGGUGGCGAUUACCAUCUGUAUGAUAACGCGGAUAACUUCGUCAAAAAGUUCAACAUGUUCGACAACUUUUCGCCGAAGCAUCCUAUCCUGCUCGGCGAGAUUGCCGCUACUUCGCCACUAAAUGGAGUUGAUAUCGACUGGAGUGAUAUCCAUUUCUCCCAGUAUCCGUGGUGGAUUGGCACUGUUGCCGAGGCUGUGUUCCUUAUUGGCGCAGAGCGCAACGCAGACAAGGUCAUUGGAAGUACCUACGCUCCGUUCAUGAUGAACUUGGACAAAUACCAAUGGUCCCCUACCAUGCUAGCCUUCAACGCCGAUCCUGACCAGACAGCUCGCUCUACCAGCUGGCACGCGUGGACUCUGUACAACCACAACAUUAUGACAAACACCCUCCCAGCCACUUCCUCCGACUCAUUCGGUCCCCUGUACUAUGUGACAGGCGUGAACAGCAAGACCAAAUCGCACAUCUUCAAGGGAGCGGUAUACAAUAGCACAUCUGAUGUGCCUGUCUCACUGACUUUUGAGGGUGUCGGUCGUGGCACCAAGGCAGACUUGACCAUCCUGACUGCGCCGGGUCCCUAUGCGAUGAACGAGGUGGGUGGUUCCAACAUCGUCAACACCCAGACUACCACGAUCAAAGCUGGCAAGAAGGGCGAGUUCUCAUUCAAGCUGCCCAAUCUAAGUGUUGCCGUGCUCACCACCAAUUAA